AUGUCUUUUCCCAAUCGGCUCCCCACCGGUUCCUAUGAGGGCACGAUUGAUGGAGUUACCAUCAAAUGGGGCCCCAACGCAAUUACCCACCUGCCGGACGAUGCUAAAGUGUUCAACGUGGAUCAGGCCGCCUUGAAAGGUGCCACCGAGCAUAUUGCUCACGCGAGUGCCAAACGACUUGGGAAAACGGGAGUUCGCAUCUUGGGCUCAUUUCAUAACACGACAACCGUCACCGCAACCGGUGAAAAACAACCAGACCAGUGUCAUUGCUCAGUUUCAAUGACCCCAGGCCAAGCCAAAGUCCAUAUUUAUGUUGAUCUUGGCGAUGAGGCGUCACUCAACAACAUGAAAGUGCUAGGAGAAAGUGUAGUCCCUCCCGGCAAAUCUACCCCAGACCCAAGCCUGUCCAUUGGCACCUACCCUCAGUGA